AUGCUCGCUGUCGUUGCAGUCUCUGGAGGCUGCGCCGCGGCUCCCGAGCGGCGCGUGACCCGUGCCAGUUUUGGUAAGGUUUUGCGCACCCUCUCAACUGACUCCCUGAGGCAGGGUGGCGCGGGUGCGGGGUGGCUCGGCAGCUCGGCAGGAGGCCUCCGACCCGGCUACCUUGUGCUGUUGAAGUUGCUGCAGGAGACGCCGAUGACGAUGGCGCUGUCCUCGCGGCUGACCAGCGUCCGGGCUCGCUGGCGCGCCGCCCGGGAUAGCACUGAAAGUCCUGGCCGGGGGGACAGCGCCCUCGUCUUCGGCGUCUCCUGGCGCUACUUCAACAGCACAAGGUAG